AUGGGAAAAGUGGAGUGCCGCUUUAGUGCAGGGAUCCCAGAUCAUUACAGGCUGCAGUGGAAGUUAUACAGGUUGGCGCUGUGUCCACGCCGCACUAUGCUGCUGAACAAAUUUAUAUUCCUGUUCUUUGCGUCUAAGAAGCUGAGCCUGCUCACCGCCUUCCUGUGCUGGCGUGCAGACGACGACGACGACGAUUACCAACUACCUCAAUCAGGAAAAUCUUCAAGUGAGGCUGAUGAAGAGGAUUUACCGCACCAGACAUGUCGUGGCUCUCAUUUACAAGCUAGACCUGUUGAGAGUGAAAACGAGGAUAUAUUAUCGGAUGAAAAUUCAAAGUCUGACGCUCGUCCUGGAUCAAUUAGUCCGAAAGAUUGUGAUGAGGUGAAAGAGCUCAUGGCGGCGGGUAGUCGUGCGGGGGUGCGUGUGCGCAUAGAGACGGAUUUGUCAGCGGCGCGCGUACCCGCGGCCGCCGGCCUGCGGCGGGAGGGCGUGCUGCUCGACGCGGCCUGCGCCGGCGCCGACCGCGUGCUGCAGCAGGUACUUACACCAUCGAUGACAGCGUCGGAGAGCCGCGCGUUCCACUACCGGCACACGUGGCUGGUGCUGCACAACGACAGCUCCUCGCUGGGGGACGUGCUCUCCGAGGCGCAGAUCCUGCCGGACGGCGACGUCACGUGGUCCACGCCGGAGCAGCUGGUGGACGUGUACCGUGUCAAGGUGGGCCGCCCACUAGUCCUCACCCGCUGGGCGGUGGACCGGGCCGCGGCGGCGGGGCUCCCACAGUACUGGGCUCGCCAGCCCACCACCGUCGCCAGGAGGAAGGACCUCCAAGGAGUGACUCUGCCGUCAGCUACUAUAAUCAGCCAGCCGCAGCACUUCCGGGGUUGGCAGGACCUGACCGCGCGGCAGAUCGACACCUACCCUAAGGUCACCUACCCGCUGAUGAUGCUGCUCGCUGAAGACCUACACUUUAGACACAACAUGCGUCAAGUGGACCUGUACGGCGUGGAGCGCAACGGGUCCUUCGACGGGCUGGCGGGGUUCCUGCAGCGGCGCGACGUGGAGCUGGGCGUCGCGUCCAUCUUCAUGCGCGGCGACCGCUGGCGCGUGCUCGACUACGUCGCCGAGACCAUCGUGCUCAGGUGCUUCUUCAUCUUCCGGCAGCCGGCGCAGGCGGCAGUGACCAACGUGUUCGUGCUGCCGUUCAGCGGCGGUGUGUGGGCGGCGGCGGCGGGACUGUGCGCCGGCGCCGCGCUGUUGCUAGCGGGUCUGGGCGCGUGGGCGCGGCGGGCGCGUGACCACGGCGACCAGGCCGACCCCGCGCUGCUGCUCGUCACGCCCGGGGAAGCUUAUACUUUUGCUAUCGGCGUCAUUUGUCAACAAGGGUUCCACGUGACGCCGGCGCUGGUGUCGGCGCGGCUGGUGAUGUACUCGGCGCUGCUGCUCGCGUUGUUCGCGUUCACGGCGUACUCGGCCAAGAUCGUCGCCAUCCUGCAGGCCCCGUCCUCGGCGCUGCGCACCAUCGCCGACCUCGAGCGCUCUACCAUCGCGCUCGCCGUCCAGGAGACCACCUACAAGAAAACAUACUUCGCGGAGAGCAACGACCCGGCGACGCAGCGGCUGUACCGCAGGAAGCUGCUGCCGCUGGGCGAGCGCGCCUACAUGAGCGUGGUGGACGGCAUCGCGCGCGUGCGCACCGAGUUCUUCGCCUUCCAGGUGGAGGAGAGCGCUGGCUACGACGUGGUCAUCCGCACGUUCACGGAGCGGGAGAAGUGCGCGCUGCAGGAGGUGCCGGCGUUCACGCUGCCCAUGGUGGCCGUGCCCAUCCGCAAGCUGUCCGGGUACCGCGAGCUGCUCGCGGCCAGGUUGCGGUGGCAGCGCGAGACGGGUCUGAUGUCGCGCGAGCGCCACAUCUGGAUGGCCAGCAGGCCGCGCUGCGACGCCGGCGCCGGCGGGUUUGCCAGCGUCUCCAUACAGGACGUGCUGCCCUGCGUACAGGUGUUGGCAAUAGGCGCUCUUCUGUCGACGGUGUUUCUUGCUGCGGAAUGCUUCGUGCAUAGAUUAAAACGGAGAUAGGUCAGUCAUAUUCCUUAAGUAGAUAUUUCUAUUUCGAUAUUAGGCAUAUGUGAAGUGACUGGACGUCUUCAUUGUUCCCAGGUCCCCAAAAAGGAAG